UCAGCAUAAUUUUUUUGUUCGCCAAUCAGCAGCAGAAAGUCGUCGGUCAUCCUUUUCUAGCCAGCAGAGAAAGAAAGGAAAUUUUUUUGAACUCCAGUGAAUAUUGUCCCUGAAAUCACUCGAUUUCAGUAUCUAUUGGUUCAAAUUGUGCUGUGAAGUGGGCUUUGUGUUAACCUUGCUUUUUCGAAGAGAAAAUAUUUCCCCGGUCCAACGAACAGACCCGUAAAAAUGUCGCACCAAACCGGAAUCAAAGCAAACGCAGAGCUGCUCAAGUUCUUUGGAAAAUGCAAGGACGGAAGAACUCGAGUGCUGAAAGUUUCCAUUGAGAACGAGGAACUCACACUAGUCGAUCACAAAGGUGUUAAAAAGGACUGGGAGAAAGAUUAUGAUGCUCUGGUGAAGCCACUGGUGGAGGAUGAUGUUCCCUGUUACAUUCUGUACCGACUCGACUACAAGAUUCCCACCGGAUACGCUUGGCUGCUGCUGAGCUGGGUACCGGAGAGUGCCACGGUACGACAGAAGAUGCUUUACGCAUCCACUAAAGCCACCUUGAAGCUGGAAUUCGGAUCAGGUCACAUCAAGGAGGAGUUGAACGCAACCGGCAAGGAUGAGACGACGCUUCACGGUUAUCACAAGCACAAAAUUGAUUUCAGUUCACCAGCACCGCUAACCAGUCGUGAGGAAGAACUGGCGGAACUGCGGAAGAUCGAAGUGAAAACAGAAUUUGCUAUCGAUACAAAGCAGCAGACGCUCGGAGGCAUCAAUUGUCCUAUAUCGGACGCGACCGCUCAAGCGUUGAAUGAUAUGCGAAGAGGGGCCUACAACUACCUCCAGUUCCGGAUCGAUCUGGAAGAGGAAAAGAUUCAUCUGGUCAGCGCUGCCAACAUUGAUCUCCUUAAACUACCGGCUCAGAUUCCGACCGAUCAUGCCCGAUACCAUCUGUAUUUAUUCAAACAUCAGCACGAGGGAAUCUAUCUGGACAGCAUGGUAUUCAUCUAUUCGAUGCCCGGCUACAGUUGUUCCAUCCGGGAGCGAAUGAUGUAUUCUAGUUGUAAGGGACCGUUUUCAGCUACCAUCGAAAAGCACGGUAUCGAUAUCACCAAGAAGCUGGAAAUCGACAGUGGAACUGAACUGACGGAAGAAUUCCUCUAUGAGGAGAUUCACCCCAGGAAGCUCAAUUUGCGACCCCAGUUUUCCAAACCGAAGGGACCACCGAGCCGGGGUGCAAAGAGACUGACCAAACCGCAGGCGGUUGAAUGAAUUUAUCACACGUGAGCUCCAUCCAACUGGUCGGGAAAUACAACAUCUUUCAAAAUACUUUUGAUGCAAUCAGUUCGUGGAUUUUGUUUGUUUCUCUUUGUCUCCUUGCCCUGCGUUUUUCUGGGUUAGCAACAGUUUUGCUUUUGCUAGUUGAGAAACAACUUGCCCGUUAUCUGUCGCACUAAGUAUUUCAAUGCUAACCAACCCACCCGGUAAAACCCAAUUAAAAUUGACUCGUUCGAAAUUGUUAUUUUCAUAUUGGAAGCAAACAUGCUCAAAAAAUUAACACAGGAAAGUGUUUAAAACCGUUCCUACUUUGGUUGAAUUCCUGUGUUUUCGAUCUCGAAUGCAACAGAGUAGUGUUAUUUAUCAGCCUAAACAGCAAAUGAUACGACAGAGAUGCUUUUUAAUCCCGUAGAAUAAUGCGAGUACCGAAUGUAUUUCACACCUAAUCCGACGACGUCUAAAUGAGAUUACGAGGCUGAUCAGUUUGCGAAUUGUAAUGGAAGAACUAUCGAAAGCAUUUGUAUUCAACAACAGAAAGUGUGUCGCUGAAAGUGACAUCAGCAAUAGAAACAUCAAUGUCCAACAACGGAAAAAAGUAAAUAUAUUGUAAAACAACACAACACAGAUUUAUAAUGACUGCAAUAUCUAUGUUCAGUCGUAGAUGGUUGGUUGGAAAAGGGAUUUUAAUUAUAGACAUUUAAAAUAAAAACAUUUUGCGUGUAGUGAUACAACUUAGCAUACAAAUUGAUGAGAAAAUACAGCAAAAUAAGAAUAAACAUAUUUCUUGUAUUCUUUAUACAGUAAUGAAUAAAGUGAUAUUUAUUGAA